UUGCAACCCACCAUUUCAAAUCACAACUCAAUUAGCCCUUUGGUAGUUGUGUAAACACAAAAGUGAAUUUGUUUUUUUAUAAGCCUUAUAAAAAAGGCUAGCUAUAUAUUUUCUAUGCUCUAUAAUCUUUAGUGCCUCACCCUCACAAUUUUUUGUUGUCAUUUUGAGGUAUUAAUUAUGGGCAACACCUUUGGUUCAAAAAAGACAACAAAGGUAAUGAAAAUAGAUGGUGAAACAUUAAAACUAAAAACACCAAUAAGAGUAGGGGAAGUGCUUAAGGAUCAUCCAGGUCUUGUUUUGUUAGAUUCUGAAGCAGUUAAACAUUAUGGUGUUAGAGCAAAACCAUUGGAAGCACACAAAGAGUUACAACCAAAGAGGCUUUAUUUUCUUGUGGAGCUUCCAAAAGAAAUAAAACCAAGAAGGGUUCGUUCUGGCAUUAACAUGAGUGCUAAAGAUCGUCUUGAUAAUUUGAUGCUUACUAGGAGAUCUACUUCUGAUUUAUCAAUCAUGAAACAAAGCAAAAGGGAUGAUAAUGAUAAUGAUAAUGAUGAUGAUGAAAAACAUGGUGAAGAGAAUAUUAAUGGUGGAGUUAGGUUGAAAGUGAGGCUUCCUAGAUCAGAGGUUGAGAAGUUGAUUCGUGAUUGUAAAGAUGAAGCUGAGGCUGCACACAGAAUCAUGAGUUUCUAUAAGACUAAUGAAAACACACAAAAUCAGAAUCAAGUUAAGGAUACUACAACGAGACGUGAGAAGAGGGUGAGUUUUAUGCCAAUAAAUGAAGGAGGAAUUCAAGUAGCUGUGGCUUCAUAAUAACAUUCCUGGAGAAUUUCUCACCAUAUGGAGGAGAUUUUGUUAUGCUUAAUUAGUUAAAUAAGAGUCAGUGUUAUUCAUACUAUGCGUAGGAUCACAACUGGUUACAACUUUUAGGUGUUUGUAUGAAUUAUAUUAGUUUCUUUUCAUAGAACAGAAUAAUCUUUAUAAUGUCUUUAGUAAAAUUAGUUGCUAUUUGUAGAGACACCAGUUGUGACUUGUUGUAAACCUAUGUUGUAUAGAUAGUUCAAUUCCUAUGUACAUAUUGGGGAUAUAUGUGUGAGUACGUGUGACCUCAUAUUAGAGAAGAAACAUUAAUGAAUGAAUGGCUUUAUACUUAAUUAAUUUCCAA